UGUAUGUACCACGCAAUAUGUAGGAGGUUGCCACCUCUUCCCAAGAUUUAGGUGCUCUAGGGCUGCAGCUACCCCUGCCUCCCCUGCCUCCCCUGGGUUUAAUUCGAUCAAUUAACUCGAUUAGUUGGUCCCUGACCACUGCUAAUCACUCCCACAGGUCGACUAACCGUUGAUCUCUCCCUUUGCACAUCCCCAAUUACACCCCAUAUUCACACACACCCUUUUCCUUCUGCAUCAGGACGGCAAUGACGUUUUGCUGUUUGUUGAUACGUACAACCAUCGUUUAAAACGUCCCAACCACCUCAAGUUUGCCCUCCGCUUCAACGUUUGAUCGCUCUUAAAUUAUUACCCUUGCGACACAUCCACAAUCUACAUUCUCCCACUCGCACGCUAGGCGGUGAACUGGAACUUUUUUCUUCUAUUUAUUUACUUACUCCAGAAGAAGCAGGCAAAUCCUUUCGAAACUUUGAUCCCUCUAUGACCGUAUACCGUAUACUGUGCUCCUAAAAACAACGACAAGUAAUCGACUGAGCACUUGUGCAAUAUGCCUUCGUUUAACUCUAACGGAGUCGCCAACGGCCACUUUGGCCAGUUACGACACAUUCCCAUUUCAUACGAUAACGACAACUCCAAUGCCUCGGCUCGUGCACUCAUUCUCGCCCUAUUUCCAGAAUGGUCGAGCCCUGACUCCAAUAUCGAGUUUGUACCAUUCAAGGAUGGUAUAACCAAUACAUUAUUAAAAGCCAUUAAUAGGAAGGAAGGGCUAUCUCAAGACGAAGUGGAUAAGGAGGCGGUUCUACUACGAGCAUAUGGGCACGGAACCGAUGUGCUCAUAGACAGGCACCGUGAGACCCAGAACCACGAGCUGCUGAUGAAAUGCGGCUUGGCCCCCGAAUUACUCGCUCGCUUCGAUAAUGGCAUGAUAUAUCGUUAUAUCCGAGGCACGCCCACUCAACCUGCCGACUUGAGGACGCCGUCUAUAUAUUUAGCUGUUGCGAAUCGGUUAGCACAAUGGCAUGCUACUGUGCCCUGCAUAUAUGAGACGCAUGCGCAGAAGAACGGGGUAAAUGGGACCAGCAACGGUCAUCACGAAGUGGAAAUUGAGCAUGCCGCACCAGGGAAACCCUCGCCCAACGUAUGGACGGUUAUGCAGAAGUGGAUCCUUGCCCUCCCUACGAAGACGGAGACUCAGCGCACGAGACAGGCCAACCUCCAGCAAGAGCUGACUAAGCUCGUUGACGAGCUGAGCCAACGACCUGGACUAGGUGAUGAUGGCCUCGUGUUUGCGCACUGCGAUCUCCUAAGUGGAAAUGUGAUCAUCGAGCCUCAAGAUUUAAGCAGCACUAAAGAGGAGGGCGGUCUGCAGAAGGUAGUCAGUUUUAUAGACUAUGAAUAUGCCACUCCUUCGCCUGCGGCGUUCGACUUGGCUAACCACUUUGCGGAAUGGGGUGGGUUUGACUGCGACUUUACUGUGUUACCAACUCGAGCCCAACGGCUAGAGUUCAUACGGGAAUAUAUUCACACUUAUUUCAGUAUAUUACCUAACAAGCCUGAUAACAUAGACGAGGAAGCAGAAGCACAGAAACUAUUUGCUGAAGUAGAUAUAUUCCGUGGUGUGCCCGGACUUUACUGGGGAAUCUGGGCCUUGAUCCAGGCGACCAUUUCGCACAUCGAUUUUGACUACGCGGAAUAUGCCGAGAUUAGGUUAGGAGAGUAUUGGGGGUGGAGAGAGGCUAGUAAAUGCGACGGCAAAUUAACAGGAAAGGAGUUGUCGGUACGGGAAAAGAGGUGGGCGCAGUUGGAAUAGAUCUUCUAGCGUUUUUAGGAGUAACAUGUGAUGGAAGUCUUAACCGCAUUUUAAUAGAUACCAUUAUGAUAAAGGGCACGUUUGAGGAAACUUAGACUACGCGGGAAUCAUAGCUACGAUCGUAUAGUAUUUGAGGCUAGACGGAGGAGUUGGGGACAUUUAGAAUAGUCUUGGGCUUAAACUAAGGCGGUAUCGAUGUGUUUUCCGUCUCGAGGAAUGAGAGUGUUGCGUGAUUGAUAACUUAUACUAGUGACAUUGUGGCGUGAGCUGCUUGGUUUUCAGGUAUGGAUGCUCACUGGGCUCUAGGCUGAGAUUCUUGGUUAAUGUGUAUGAGAAAUAAUAUAUAGGAAAAGCAAGUGGGCAUAGUGGGCAAAAAAGACCGCUGAACAUUAUGAAUCGCUUCGUGUCAGGGGUAAUGCAUCGGUGUCUUGUCUGUAGGGGACGGCUAUUUUAGAGUCUCUGUCUGGGUAUCGGUGGCGUACUGG